AUUUACAUUUUUUUUAAAGCGUUUGUUUUGAAACAGAAGAAGAGUAGCUACCACUCCACUCUUUUCGUCGUCUCUCUAUACAUACGCUUCCUUUUGUUAUUACUCUUCCUUUGUCUCUCGAAUUCGUUUAUACCAAAUCCGCCAUUAUUGUUGCAUCGAAGCUUUUACCCUACAUCAACAAUCGAGAAAUUGCAAUGGAGAAAAGCACGCCGAUGAGGAAACCACACACUUCGACGGCGGAUCUACUCACUUGGCCGGAGAAUCAACCGUUCGAGUCUCCCGCCGCCGCAGCUUCUCGCUCCGUAACCAGAUCGCACCAGCCGUCGGAUGGAAUCAGCAAAGUGGUAUUUGGAGGACAAGUUACAGACGAAGAAGUUGAGAGCUUGAACAAGAGGAAGCCUUGUUCAAACUACAAAAUGAAAGAGAUCACAGGGAGUGGAAUAUUCUCUGUUUAUGAAGAAAAUGAUGCUUCUGAGACCGGAAGUGCAAAUCCUGGAACAAACGGCAAAACAAGAACGUACCAGCAGCCACCAGCAGCAAUUGUAAGUCACAUUUCGUUUGGGGAAGAAGAGAUUGUUACACCAAAGAAACCAUCGACGGUGCCCGAAGUGGCGAAGCAGCGUGAGCUCAGUGGUACAUUGCAGAGCCAAUCUGAUGCUAAGCUUAAUAAGCAAUUCUCGGAUUCUAAGUUUAAGGAACUAAGUGGUCAUAACAUUUUUGCUCCACCACCUGAAAUCAAACUUCGUCCUACUGUUCGUGCGUUGGCUUAUAAAGACAACUUCGACUUGGGCGAAUCGGACACGAAACCUGACGGGGAAUUGAAGACGGCCAAGAAGAUUCCGGACAGGAAAUUCACGGAGUUGUCGGGAAAUAACAUAUUCAAAGGAGAUGUUACGUCGUCUCCGUCCGCGGCUACGGCUGAGAAGCUACUAAGCACGGCGAAGUUGAAGGAGAUAAGCGGCAAUGACAUAUUUGCGGAUGCAAAGGCUCAGUCUCGUGACUACUUCGGUGGCGUUCGCAAACCACCCGGUGGAGAAAGCAGCAUUGCUUUGGUCUAAAACCAAAUUUCAAAUCUACCCUACCAAAAAUAAUAUAUCUACAAACUUAGAAGGUCUAACUAUUUAUCAGUUUCAUUAUUAGAUAAUGUUUUGGAUGUUUUUAUUUCUAUGUUUCCGGAUUUGUGUGAUUGGUUUAUGUAAUGAUCGAGAUAGGUUAUCGAUCAGAAUUUGUGGACUUUCUUACCGGGAAGCUAAUCUGGUCUUUUAGGACUUUGUGGGUUUUUUUUUUCCUUUUCCAUUUUCCUUGAGGUUUCAUA